ACAAUCUCUGCCCCAAAGAGCUUACAGUCAGAUAGCCCCACUGGAAAUGUACAGCCGUCACUUGAUGGCAGGUGUCGGUCAAGCGCCCACCUGUCUGAAGUAAUGGGGGGCAGUUAUGCCGUCUUUCAGCUUUCUGAGUGGUUGAUGGGAUGCAGAGGAACAGGGCCCCUCCUUUACCCUGCCCCCAUGCCUUCUGUGAGGGAAUGUUUGCCCCUUGAUGCUCUGCUUGGAGAGGUGGCUUCAGGCUCAUAACAUCAGUCGUGCUGUGAUGCAGGCAGUGUGUAGGCUAGAAGUGUCCUGACACCCAACCCAAAUUGUGCUGUCUAGCACACAGGAUUUCAAGCCAAGACGAGACCUACUUCAGCAGAUGAUGGGACAGCGAGCAAAGAGAAGGAGAAGCCCCAGAAGGGAUGUUUGGAGAAGCUGGAGCCGCAAGGGAUGUCAUCGGUGAAAUCAGAAGAGGAGGUUUUGCAGAGCCUACCGCAGGGAGCGGCUGCACAGCUAGCUAGCCCUGCAGUGAUCAGAGUGGAGAAAUCCACCCAGUGCGACCGAGACUUCGGCCUGCUCAAGGGCUUUGUGGUGCAGCCGAGGGAGAAGCCCUUUGCCUGCAGUGAAUGCGGGAAAAGCUUCCGGCUGAAGGGGAAUUUUGUCAAACACCUGCGGAGCCACGCCAAGGUGCGGCCCUACAAGUGCAGCGAGUGCGAGAAGAGCUUCAACUGCCAGUCGGAGCUGCUGCGACACCAGAUGAUUCACCGCGGGGAGAAGCCCUACAAGUGCAGCGAGUGCGAGAAGAGCUACAGCCGCAAGGUGUAUCUGCUCAACCACCAGCGCGUGCACACAGGGGAGCGGCCCUUCCAGUGCACGGUGUGCGAGAAAAGCUUCCGGCAGAAGGCCGUGCUCAUCUCGCACCAGCGCCUGCACACUGGUGAGCGCCCCUACAAGUGCACCCAGUGCGAGAAGAGCUACUGCCGCAAGGACUAUCUGCUCAGCCACCAGCGCCUGCACACCGGCGAGCGGCCCUUCCAGUGCACUGAGUGCAGCAAGAGCUUCAUGCUCAAGAGAAGCUUCAUGAAGCACCAAAGAAAUCACGUGGAAGAGAGACCCCACCAGGGCAGCCCCACCUAGCCUGUUGGUCAUUGCCAACAUGGGUCUCUUGCAACAUGAGGACAUCUAUGUUACAAGUCUUCAAGCAAGUUUUCAAGAUACUCGCAUUUUGUCCAUGACACUCCUUCAUCAUUAAGUUGCAGGAUUCUUAUUCAAGGGCCUAUUUAGCAUGUCGUAUGGCCCUGAGGAGGAAUGAAUUGCUUCUCUAAUAACCGGGAGAUCGCUGAGUGAUAUUCGGUCGUUGAGUUGAUGGCAUUCAUUGUGAAUUCUCAUUUAGCAGAGUGGGCCCCCGUGAAAGCCGCCAUCUCCCACUCCAUUGUCCACUGUUAACCAAGAUUUAACAGGGCCUCUUGAGUGAGCCCAGCAAUAGGUACACAUACCGUUACAUCGCAGUGGGCUUGCAGUUACCUGCUACAGUGUUCAGGAUAUUGUAAAUAUCGACAAGCAAAUCCCACUUUUAACAUGGGCCCUAUUGCAAUGUGUAGAGACAGGCAGUCGGGUGAAAGCUCCUGUGGCUUCCUGCUUUCAGCUAGAUCCCUUUGCCUGAUUAUUUGUUUUUAAUCCUGCUCCCAUUCCGCUCUGCAGUACUCACUCUUCCUUCCACCUGCUCCUACAUUGUUUCUUGUAUUUUUAUCCUGCUUCUACCCUGAAAAACCUUAGAUCCUGCAAGAGAGAGAGAUUCCCCCAUGGUACUUAGAAAAA